ACGAACUCGACGAUAGCCACAACGACAGUGAUCAAUUUCUGAAUCAUGCAAGAGCUCAAUUGACACCAUUCAUCGACCUUCAAGGUUACGAUCAUCAGUGCAUCGAGCUUGGAACGAAUCUAGAAAAUUUAUCCAUUUCAGAGACAGUAUCACAAUUUUCUAAAUCAUCAAUCCAAGUGACCAUCAACCCGCCGGCCGACACGAACCAAGACAACUGCUGCUUCUAAAGCAUCAUUCUUAAUCAUGACCUCGUCUUCAUCCGAUGACCUCCCACACCACACCUCGCCACACCUCCAACUACUCAUCGCCACUCCUGCAGAGAACGCCGCGCAGACCGUCUCAAACAGCGUCGAAUGGCGCGGCCCACUUACCCAAGAAGUCUACCUGCGCCGUGAAGCGCAUCUAGCCACACAAGACUUAACACGAGACGGUAGGUUGACCGCAUGGCUCCUCAUCGAUACUACAAGCGCAUCCGGCAAGGGCCGCAUCCUCUGUGGCUGCGAGACGAUCCGCAAGAGGGCUCUGACGAAAGUCGAUGAUGGCUCGGUACGGGAGGUGGUCUGCUAUGGCGUGGCGUCGGUAUUUUGCAGUGAAGAGCUACGAGGGAGGGGCUAUGCGGGUAGGAUGAUUGAGGAAUUAGGGAAGCGUUUGGAGGGGAAUUUGGAUUUGCCGACGCUUCAAGAGAGUGAGCGGCCACUGUUCAGCGUUCUAUUCUCGGAUAUUGGACGGAAAUUCUACGCCGCGAGAGGCUGGCGCGCGUAUCCCUCAACGCACAUCGCCCUCCCAGCAGCAUCCGCGCCUGACGACAGCACUUCAAGCGCAGCUCCUUCCAAUCUCCCACCUGUAAGGCUGCUCUCGACAGCCGAUCUACCGUCGCUCUGCGCCAGAGACGAGGUUCUCAUUCGCACCCGUCUAGCGCACACAAAGUCCCAAACACAUCAAAACCCGGCCAUCGCCAUCAUCCCGGAUCACGCGACCAUCGCCUGGCACCACGCGCGGGAGAAUUUCUUCGCGCGGGAACUCGACGGCCGCGAGAGCCCCGAGUUCAAGGGUGGCCUGGUGCACUUACAAACACCGAAUGCUUCGCCGCAGGGUACGACAGGCGAUAGUUUCGGCGGCGGCGGCAAGAUCUGGUGUUACUGGAACCGCGUGUGGACGGAGCAUAAUGACGACAAGGACCCCAAUACCCUGUAUAUUCUGCGCUUGACAGCGGACGAUGAGAAGGUCAUGAAUAAAGUCCUGGUCGAAGAAGAAGGCGACGCAGCUGAUGACGUCGUCGUCGAGGCAGUGGCCGCGCUUCUCCACGCCGCACGGGUGCAAGCGCGAGAAUGGGGGAUGAAAAAGGUGUGCAUGUGGAGUCCCAGUGGUGUUUCUGUCGCUGCAGCGCGACGGCUCAUGUUGCAGGAGAGCGGCCAGGACGCGGCGGACGCAAUAAGGAUCAUCACCCGGGAGAACGACAGUAUUACGAGCUUGAGAUGGUUUGGAGAGGGCGGGGCGGAACGCGAGGUGGAGUGGUGGUGCAAUGAGAAAUUCCAGUGGUGUUGA